ACACUGGUCGACAUUUUCGUAAGACUUCUAAUUUAAGUUAUAAUCACAGAGAAUCUUGAAACUAAUUAACGAUGGCUCGUUUGUGGUAUUUUGUUUGCGUUUGUUUUCUGUGGCAGCAGCCUUCACAAGGAAUGUCUGAUGGUUAUUUGGUAGAUAUAAUCAACAGGCUUGAGGCUUUAGAAAAGGAAGGUCAGCUACAGAGGGAACACAUUUCUAAGCAGGAUAAAAGGAUAUAUGAACUGGAACGAGAAAUACAACUUCUGAGGUCCAAGGAGGAAGAAAAGGAAGAAAUCGUAAUAAACAGCUUCCAGAAAAAUGUGGACAGUGACUCUGAGGACAUUGUUGACCAACAUCACAUAAACAUUGGCAACUGGCAACAAGCUGAACGUGAUGAGGACCUUGUCGAUGCGCACCACAAUGGUAUACCACAUGGAUUUGGGAAGCUAAAGUUGGCGGAUCCACAAAUGCACGAUGAAGACAUAGUUGACGAACACCAUAACAAUAUACCACACGGAUUUGGGAAACAAAAACAUGUCCAAGGAGGCAAGAGUAUUACACCAAGGAAAGGAAAGAGGUUCGCCCUGGAUGACGAGACUGUCGCCUUUCAUGCCACUUUAUCCGGGGCCGCAAGGAACUACCAUAUCAACCAGAAAAUCGUCUUCGAUGACGAGCUUCUCAACCUUGGUGGUGGCUACAACUCACAAACAGGGGAGUUCACAGCGACCAUGUCCGGGACGUACCUGUUCUCCACCUCAGUCAUGUGUCUUGAAGGUCAAGGGGCGGAGAUGCACGCCAUCAUUAUGAAAAACGGCGUUGAAAUCGGUGCUGCAUAUGCAAACGGAAUGGGAGGUAACAAAGAGCAAGGAAGCGUGACGGUUGCCAUGAAGCUGGCCGUUGGUGACCAGGUGCACGUGCAAGUUGGACGUCAUGACAACACAGGCGUCUGGGGUGAUCGUUUGACAAGCUUCACUGGCGUACUUGUGAUGUUUCUUUAACAAUCUAAAUGACAUCACUGAUAUUGUGCUGACGUUUAAACAGAAAGAAGGCAAAAAUUCAAAACAGUGCAAAAUAUGUUUGAAACAAUGAAAUAUAAAUUUCAUCUCACUGAUCGGAAAGCAUAUAAAAAGAGAACUUGAUCCUGACUUUGAACAAUAAAGUGUCAAAUGCAAUACUAUUAUUAUAAGAGUGUUUCGCGAACCAGUUUUCAAAUAAAAAAUACUGUGUAUUAUGACAAUAUGUAGACAUUAAGGGGCUCAUUUAUCAAUAAACAUACAUGUACUGGUAUUAUGUACAUAUCAAAGAUUUGUUUUCGUAUACAAUGAAUAGUCCAAUAUCCAAAUGAAGUUUCCAUGCUGGUAAUUUCAGAAUCUUUCUGUCGAAAAAUAAAGCUUUGUUAAAUC